AGAUUUGAAUGUCAUCAGCGUAACAGUUGAAUAGCUGGUUUCAACUCUUAAUUUUGUCCCAUAAUUUUAGUAUAAGUAUGUUUUCUUUAUUGGUUUGAGCAAGUACGGGUGUCAUCAGCCUAACAGUUGAAUAGCUGUAGUAGUGGGGAGGAGGCGGGACCAUGGGCGGGAUGGUGCGGAGCAGGGGACACAGGGGAUUGGAUGGACUUAUGGACCACUCCAGCUCGGAUUGGUCGAUUAUUUACCUUUUUGCAGCGGAUAUUACUGAAUGUUUUUUUUUCUCGUUCUUUUUGAUCUUUAUAUUGCGUAGAUCGGACCAUAGGACCAUAACGGCCUUAUAAACAAUGUUAUCAAUAAGUACCAAGCUUCCAAAUGGUAGACCAUAGCUUCAAAGUUGUCCCAUAACCUUAGUAUAAGUAUGUUUUCUGAAUUUGUUUGUGCAGAUAUGAGUGUCAUCAGUGUAACAGUUGAACACUUGGUUGGUUGUCUCAUAAUCUUAUAUAACUAUGCUUUCUUAUUUGGUUUGUGCAGAUAUGGGUGUCAUCAGCAUAACAGUUGAAAUUGACAUUAGCCCAGCACAUUUCUAUUCGGGAAAAUGCAAAUUUUGGGCUACACGUAUACACGCUUGAAAGAAUGUGCAACAGUUGUCAUUCAGCUCUGCUUUGGAUUCUGUCCUUUCCGCCCUUUGAACCUAGUUAGCGUCAUUACAUGUGCAACAGUAAUGCAUUUUAGGAGUUUGGACUGAUUUUCACAAUGGACCCCAUAACUAUUUAUUCACCGUGAAGCUAGAAGAUUAAAACCCUCCUCUGCUGAUUGGCUUCAGUAUGGAUCAUAAACCCCACCUUCUCCAUGUUAAAAAUCCUUGUACAAUUUCCUCAUGAGCUCAAAGAGUUCAAUUUGUACUGAAGUAAGGACUUGAUUGGAACCAUUUAAAUAGACCAUUGAUAGAGAGAUAAUUCAUUGUACUGUCUCAUGAGGACUUCAGAAACAAAGAGAAAAUGGGACACCGAAGGCCUGAUUGCGAAAGCUAUCAGGACCGAUCAGUGAUUAAAUCUGUUCUUGGUUGGUUUGUAUGCCAGAGGAAGGGGUAUGUUUUUAUUCUAACGUGAUUUUAUUACAUUUGGUGGACAGCUUUUGAAUUCAUUUCACCGAUCAGUCAUCGAACCACUAUAACUUCUCCUUCACGUCAAAUUUCCAUCAUUUUUGAUCAGUAUCUGAUAGUUUUCUGCAUUCAUCAAACAGACAGUAUGGAAAAGCUUCAAAGGUUUUGUCACAUGAAUAAAUGCUCUUGCCCUUAUGAGGUCAACUUUUCCACUGAGUUUGAAAAAAUCGCAGUUAUGAAAGCUGAAUAUGGUGUAUGAUAGAUUAUAUUUCUAAUACUCUCUUCGGCAGCGUGUACUGUUUCUCUUAAAUACAUAAUCACCUCUGUUUAUCGCCCUCUUUUUCAUACAUAUGGCAGCAAUUAUCAAUCAGCUAAUGAGUUGGAUGCAAGAAGAUCCUGUAGGCAGCCAAAGUUUGGUAAAAUGACCCAUCUCCUCUGUUCCCCUGACUUUUGUUUUGCUUUCUAGUCCUGAACAAAUCUGUUCAACUUCUAGUUUUUUUUUUUAACCUUUCAAGGAUGACUUCGCUCAGGUUUCUCUGCUGGAUUUUGUCGACGACUACUGUUUAAGGUUUGUGUCGUGCCACAAUCACAGGUCGCUUGUGCGAGUUUAAACAGUUUGACGGAUGUCACUCACCGUGUACGUGUAAUUACAGCCGAUGGUGAAGUGCGUUUGGUUGGGUUUAUGUGUGAGAGGCAUGUAGGAGAAACAUGUAGAAAAGAAAGAGGGAACUCGACGCUUUCCCAUUACCUGCCUGUUUCAGCCACCCCCCCUACUUUACCUCAUUUCUCUUCACAGCAUGUACCCCUGACCUUUUGCCAUCCAGGACCUCAGGCAAAAACAAAUGACCUCACCCCUUUCCCCCCUCUAGCUUGAGCGUGAAGAGAGGUUUCGGUUACCUCAGAUAUCAGCUAAGCGAUCUGAACCACACCAUCCCUGACCUUUCACCCCAUAAAACACCCCGUCUUUAACCCCCUUUUGGACAAUCACGCCCCCCAGCUUUCCCUAAACACCCCCGUGAAGCGUUGUUUUGAUGGAAGUGAUUUUUGUUCCUCGUGAACCCUCUCAGGGACCAUCAGCUCCUCCAUGUUUAAAAAAUCAAUUUUCUGAAAUGUUGUGUCAUGACUUCAUCUGGUCGCCACAUCAUAGAUUCAAGACCGGCACAUCCUGUCCUAAAAACCUGAUCCAAACCGUGUCAUGACAGUGUAGAAUCCACCGCAGAACAAGAGACGGCUGAUUUUUUCCCUUCCCACAAAAUUUAGGGUCUAGGUUUUUUACUGGUUGCUUCCACGCGGCAGCUGCUGGAUCCCCUCGCGUCGGGAUUAGUCAGUGUCUGUGCUCGAGCCCAUAUUGGUGAUUACUGUGGGUGAUGAGGGAAAUGUUUCCCUAAGUACCCACUGAGUCACUCCUGUAGUACUUCACUUUGGACGUGCCACACAGUACCUCUUGAUUCGUGUCCUGUGAUGGCUUUCAAUCUGAUGCUUCGCCACAGAUUCAUUGGUAUCCCGCUUCUAAUAGAGUAAACCAAUUGGCAGCACAGACUCCACAAAUGCUCAAAAACUGACAGUCAACACAGUCCAGAUCUUGUCUUGGAGACUGCUCAGCUGUUGGGACUUGAGAGCAUGUGUUUUUAUUUGCACACGUGAACCAAAGAUGGAGACGUGUUUUAGAAAAGCCUGCAUUUAUUGUAAUCUAACGCGGCUUCAUCAUCUUCUUCCCCCCGUCCUCAGUCUUUCCACUCCGACCACAUCUAUCUCUUCCACCCACUCCUCUUUAUCCUGCGUCUUGUGUUUUAGCUGGCAGACAUAAAUCAAGUGUCUGGAAUGGAAACACUCACGUUUCUGCUGCGCCACAUGUGUUUAUAUUUAAGGCCUUUUCCUCUUUUUUUUUUUUUUUCUUCAGCUCAUUCUCAGAAAGAGCACCUGAAAAACAAGAAAGACGGGGAAACCGCUGGAAAGUGUGAUUCAACUGAAAAUGUCUGAGCCCUCAACCCCAACCCCGCCACCCCCACCGCAUCUGAGGAUCUGAUGCCAGCAAUUCGACCAGCGUAUUAACCAGGAAAGAGAGCGAGAGGGGAGAAGCUUCUUGACCCGCGAGGCUGACAGAGGUGGAAAGAAUUUGCUGUCCAGCCGGUGAACACGUUAACACAGAAAAGGGGGGAAAAAACUUCCUACAUGCAGCUUUCCCACCAUCCCGAACCCCCUCUCUCCCUCACCAGCCGUUUACACAUACAGCAAAGGAGGAAGGGGGAUUGGAGGAGGAGUAGAGGGGAAGAAAAAAGCUCACUGAAGAGGGAUGGAAAAGUUAUUGAGGCAGAAGGGAAAGAAAGUUGAAGAUGCAUUUUAACCUUAAUUUUUUAAACAUUUUUGAAGAGACACAGCUUUCGAAGGCUUUAGUUUAAGUGAAGAAAUGUGGCGGCCAGGUGGCCUGAGUCAUCUCAUUGCUGCCCCGAGACACGAAAAAACUGAACAGGAAGAGGCUGACCACAUACCUACUCUCUUUUAUGCCAAAAGUUAGCUAAGAAGAUUGACUCUGCUUUAAUAUAUUUUUGUUGGGAGGCCGUCAGCGUAAACUAGCAGGAUACAGUUUAGUUGAUACAGCAUCAGAGACUAAACUGUUUCAUUUAAACCUGAACGAGACGCUGACUAACAUCUGUUUAAUUUUUCUGAGGUACAGGAGACUUGUGUGAGUGAACAAGAGAGUUAAAUGUUAGACAAUUUAAUAAUUUAGGGACAAACACACUGUAACACCGAGUAAGACACCCCCUCAAGAGAUGAAUGUUGCAGACUGUUUGCUUCUCUAGUUAUACCAACUUUAGUAACGACCACACGAUAGCAAUACACAGCGGUCUGAGGAGCCAUAAACAAACCUCAACCACAACGCCUCAACGCCACUCUAUAGCCACAAAUAAUGCUCAGAACAGCACCUAACUUCAUCAACAGUACAGUAGUAGUAGUAGCUAAAAAGAUGUUUGGUGGCUAGUGCUAUGGCUAGGACCCUAUAUGUUCUGUUGAUGAAGUUAGGUGCUGUUCUGAGCAUUAUUUGUGGCUAUAGAGUGGCUUUAUCGCUGAGGUUUGUUUAUGACUCCUUAGACCGCUGUGUAUUGCCAUGGUGCCGUCGUUACUAAAGUUGGUGUAACUAGAGAAGCAAGUGGUCGGCAACAUUCAUCUAACUCAGUGUUACGGUGUGUUUGACCCUAAAUUAAUUUUAAAUAUCCCUUUAGGACAAUAACGGACAUCAUUUUGCCUGUAUCGGUAUAUUCGGUGUAAAAAAAUAAUAAUAAUAAAAGUUUGUUUUGGAUGCAUGUAGGUAGGCUAUGGUCUCAUGUCCCUUAAAGACACUGUCUUACGUCAGAGACGUGACUCCACCCCAUCCAGUUUGUAACAAUGAGGUAAAGACAGGUGAGAAGAUGGAGGACGGUUCAAAAGUUGUAGCACCUGGAGCGGUGGCUGAAGUGGACGAAGUUAAUGUGGAAGGGGGUGAGCAGCUUGUGGAGUAGUUAUCGUCCAUUUAUCGUUAUCGAGGUGAACUGCUCAAUGUAUCGUGAUAUUGAUUUGAGGCCAUAUCGCCCAGCCCUAAGACAAAGUAUACAGUAUGUCUUCAUAACAAUCUACUAAUUAAUGUUAAAUUGAUCACUGUUAUUGAACAGGGUUAUAAUAUAUGUGAAAAUUCGAAAUUUAACCUCAUUUUCAUUCAGAUUUAAAAUCAAAUGGCCUGGUUGUGUUUACUAAAGAGCAUUUUCAGCUGUGUAUUUGUUGGAGCAGAUAUGAUUGAGUGGAAGAAAACCACAACCCCAUGUGUUUGUUAGCAUUAGGAAACAUUUGGUGCUAUCAUCUGGCUCAGAGAUGUGUUUUUAAUAGCUGCUGGACAGUAAUGAAGUUUUAUGUCAAAGAGAAAUAAUCAUGACCGGGCUUUGUAUACACAGGCAAAACUUGUUAGAAGGAUCAUUAAAUUUGCACAUUUACAGACUGAAACAACAAGCUAAAAGGCGUUACAACUCCUUUAAAAUGAUUUACAUAUUUAGUGUAAAUGCUAUUAUUCAAGGUAAAUGAAGUAAACAUGCUAACAAUAACAGAGAUCUAGAAAUGCUUUAAUGACAAAAGUCCAAAUUUAUUUAUUUGUCCACAUUUGUACAAAAACAGCAUGCAGAGAAAAUGUGAAUUCUUCAAAAAUGAGUUUUAUUCAGGGGUCAUUUAUUGCUAAAAGAAAAAUGAAGUAGGUUGGAGCAAGCUGUCUGCAGGGAGAAUUUUAGGGGCCUCUGCAAGGUGGAAAAAUAUCAGCCUGCCAAUAUUUUAAAGGAUCACUGAGGCUUUAAAAUGUCAGCUCCAGGAACUAGGGACAUUACAGCUGGAAAGAGUUUUUUUUUUCUUUUUAACAGAAAUCUGCAAUAAUUUGAGAACUUUCUAGAAGACUGAGCUUUAAGAUGGUUCGAUAGGCUUGUUUUGGGGCGCUGUCUCUUUAAAUUUUUAAUGGAAAGAGAACAGAAAGCGGAGAAAAGUUAAACUGAAAACUCAGAAACAAACAAUCAAAAUGCUGAAAUGUUGACAGCCAUGAUGUUUCCUGUUGUUUCACUAAACAACAGGCCCACCCAGCCAGCCACCCAGCCAGCCAGCCUUGGGUGUGUGUGUGUGUUUUGUGUGUGUGGGUUUGUGCUGUCACACACAUGUGUAGGUGUCAGGCCUCCUCUGGGGGUCUCUCGCUCUGUUAGAGGCAGUUUAUGGGGAACAGACCCACACCUGUCUGCAGCCAAUGGUCAGCCUCCAUCUCCUGGAGAGGAAACCCUGCUCGGGUUCCUCAUGGAGCCGCCUCCUACAGUGGGGGAGGCUCUUCGUCAUGAUUUUGGGAUGACCUCCCAGGAGUGUUGGUAUCCUGCGCAUCAGCGAAGGGUCCCUCUGGAGAGAUGGUGUAAAUCUGAGGCAGAGGGGGAGAACCAGGGAGGGGUCAGAGGGGCUCAGCCUGCCCAGAAUCAGGCUGCCUCUGCCUGGGAUGACUCAACUGCAAAGCAUCUCUUUCCAGGCCGAACAUCCACGUCAGCACUCUCCCACAAGCCCAUUGGGUCUGCUAAUUACAUUGUGGCCUGACAUUUCUGAUCUGCGUUUAAUCCAGUUCAUAUUUCAUAUCUGCUCUCUCGUACUUUCUGAACAUUUUUAACAUAAAAAAAACCUACUCUGCUUAUUUGACUCUCUCAGAGUGUCUGAGUUUAAUCUGAGCUGGCAGGAGGUCACACAUGACUGUUCCUCCAAGUGUUGAUAGCUAAGGGGAGAGGGCCCUGAUGUCUUUUGCAGACUUUAGGUUUUGUAAACAAGCUCUCUCACCCACAUGGCCCUGCACCCCAUGACUGGCUUCCUGUCCUCCUGUGGGACCCUUUAUGAUUCAUAUUCUAGUUAUUUAUAAUCCAUCUUGUUUGACCCCGUAAACAUGGAUUUUAAGUUUCCUUUAAACACUACUUUCACAAAAAUACAAAAGAGGAUUAGGGCCACAUAAAGAGAAAGAGAAUAAUUACAGAGAGGAGAGUAAAGUCGAAAUUGCGAGAUUAAAGAGAUCAAAAUUACGUCAAUAAAGUCGAAAUUUUGAGUUAAAAGUUGAAAUUUCCAGAUUUAAAAAAAUGUUGUAAAUAAUGUCGAAAUUUUGAGAUUAAAAAAUUUAAGUUGACAUGAAGAAAUUUCGACUUUUUCAAAUUUUGACUACAAUCUCGAAAUUUCAACUUUAAUCUCAAAAUGGAAAUUUAAAAAAAUCUCUUUCCUCUAAUUUUUUAUUUCUCUUCUUGUGGCCCUAAUCCUCUUUCUUCUUUUUUUUUAACCUCUAGCGAUCACCUUGGAGCAAACAGGAUUUUUCAUGCAUUCAGCCCACUGACCCAGAGGAGUGAUAAAUUUUGGCGGAUCCCUUGGAUUACGCUCGGUCAGGUAAGAAAAUGGAAAAACUGAAACCCCCCAAACCUGGCAUUGUAAACCUGCACAGCUCAUACCAUCACCCUAAAUUACUCAUGGGUCUUUAAAACACAGUCAGCAUCAACACUUAUCCCAAACCAGAUGACAUCAAUAAUAGAGGAUUUUGUUGAGGGUCAACCAGAGAGGAAAAGAAAGAAUAAAUGCUUUCGUUAAAAUUUCAUGCUUUGAGAGUAAGCUUUAAACAAAACAAUUAUGAGACCACAAGUGUGGAGAGCGAAUCCCGUUGGAUCCCAUUGGAUCCCGUUCUCUGUAAAUAGAUUCUGUGUUUUUGUAUUUCAUGUGAAGAGGCUAAUGGUGUUGUAUUGUUUGACUUUAUGGCUCGCUGUAAAAAAAAAAAGCAGCUCAAGUCGAGGCUCAUUAAGCGGUGCUAAAGACCACGUCCUGGAGCUUGGGAGAACUUCAGAGCGAGGGCAAAACAUGCCUGCAAGAAGCCAGUUUGAAUGUGGAGAAAAGGAGAUGCCUAUCACUGUACGUCAGAGGUUGCAAGUGGGGUAAAUUAGGAACAAAAGUGCAUUAGAGAUGUUUUUAAAGUUUGCCGGGGUCUGACAUGAUCUAAGUGAAAGCAUUUUUGCUUUUGCCAUGCGCUGGAACAACUUCCAGUUUAGUCAUGAACUUUAUUGAAAAGUUGCAUGUGACUACCAUAGCUGGAUCGUUGGUGGAAGAGACCCAAGUUGCUGAAUCAUGGAAGAAACUUUAUUGCAGGGUAAUCGUAACCCCUCAGGAGAGUUUUCCACGAAGUACGGGACUGGUUUGUUGAGAAAACCACAGUUUUUUUAAAGCUUUAAAACUUUAAGCAAAAUGCUCUUCUGUCAGCACUGAGGAAAAGUCUGCAUCGAGGUAAUUUCAGUGGAUUUCAAUGGGAUACCUGACACUUUUUGGGCUAAACCGCCUGAAGAAAACAGCACUUUUCUCAGGGAGGGUGGGUGCAGGGAGCAGAGAAAGGUGGGAACAAUGAGGUGAGGCUAAUACGAAAACCUGACCCCUGGAGACCUGCUGCGCUCUGCUUUGACCUGAGGCUCUGCAGGGGCAGGACGAGAUAGAGUAGAGACAAGCUCAGGAAUCCAAACAUCCACCUCAGCUCAGACAAUGUAGAAAAAAAAAAAAAGAGAGGGAGAGUCUUUGGACAUGAUGAGGAGUCCUGAAAGACUUUCACACGACUUUUUAAAGCUGUGGUCAGACCCACCUAAAGAGAAAUGUGCCGGGCGGCUGCGGCGUUUCCAUCAGUCAUCUUUAAUUUGAUAUCACCUGACACCUAAAUUGGCUGUCACCUACAAGAAAGCUGCGGAUGAAAACAAAACAAGCUUCACAUCCAUCCUCUCUGACCGCAGUCUCGCAACAGUGCCAGAGAUGAGCGUGAUUUAGAGUCUUGUUUGACUCCACAAGCUAAAAGUGAUCGAGCCUCGACCUCACACAGCUGUGGUGUUCCCUCCUGUUAUUUGCUAAAUUUAAAGUUGGCCCUGAAUCGAUGGAGGGUGGUUUUAUUGUUAAUCAAAGACAGAGAUAACUGUCUAAAUCCAACAUCUUCCUCUUCAAAUCGAAAAAAAAUAUAUAUACUGUAUAUAUCAGCCAUAAAAUUGACACAGAAAGCACAACUGCAUGUCAGUCAACAGAUAAACGAAUGAGUUAUCAAUCAUGGACACAAUAAUUGCAGCAUAUGAUAAUAUUUUAAAGCUGGAGCAAGCAUGAGCUGUAAUGAAACACUAGAGACUUCAUGAGUAACAAUUUAAAACUCCAACUUGGAGUAAAUCGAGCAGUAACCUCCAGAGAUGUAAAUGGAGCCAAAGCUGCAGUUCCAUGAGUGUCCACUGGAAGCUGGUUACAGAAGUGAAGAAUCCCCAUUAGCUCCCAUAUUUACAUGCCUAUUUUACAGCAGGAAUAUACUCUAGCUUUGGACAUUUGUACACACUCUGUAUGGUUGUUUUUUUCCCAUAAUGCACCAGUUCUAUUAUAUCAAAGCUAACAGUUUUGUCGGAGUUUGCUUAGUGAUAGGCGUGGCUUAUUUUAUUGAAAAGCAUGGGUUAAUUGACAUUUUCCUUGGAAAGCUAAAAGCACACCAUACUCUUCUACUUAGGAGUGUCCCAAUACAACGUUUUUACCUCCAAUACGAUACCAAUAUUGUAGCCUUCAGUAUCGGCCAUUACCGAUAUCGAUUCGAUAUUGGCACAAAUUUGCGCAUGACAAGUUUUGCACUCAGCUGAAAUGACUUUUUCGGACUUUAACAAAAAAAUACUGCCACACAGCCAACAUCACUCUUACUCCUUGCUAUUUGUUUGUACCUUAGUACAUACUGUUGCUGUGAUCAUGUGGGCUCUGCAUGCUGAAUCUAGGCGCUGCUAGCUAGAGAUGCCGGAGUUGAGAGCAGAAUGGACUGCUUGUAUCAGAGUGCUGAUAUUGGAGAUUUUAGAUGCAGGCCGAUAUAAUCUGAUAUUUGUUUUUUUUUGCUGAAAUCGGACCAAUAUCUGAUAUCAGUAUCAUAUCGGGACAGCCCUACUUCUACUUACAGGUUUCUAGAUUGAUUGUGGGAUAUGCCACUAACAGUGUUUCCCUUUAUUAUACAGUCAGUUGUGGAGACAGGUAAUUUUACCAAGAAGUACAGUAAACCAAAGGAAAACCAACAGCAAAACA